GUAAGUACCAUACAGCAUGGUAUAGGAUGGAUGGCAAUGGCUGGCCACAUUCGAGAGGUGGAUAGAGCCAAGAUUGAAGACUUCAAGGAAGAUAUUGAUAUCCUUCUCAUAUUUGCUGGUUUAUUCUCGGCAGUGUUGACAGCCUUUAUCAUCGAGUCAUACAAGACACUUCGGGUGGACCCAGCUGAUGCCACAGUCCAGCUCCUUCAACAGAUCUCAAUGCAACUUAACAGCUUUACUGUCAAUGGCAACUAUAUCAAUGCAACUAUUCCUCCUCCUAGUACACCUGAGCCCUUCACAGCUGCACUCUCUGCAGUCAAGAUCAACAGCUUCUGGUUUGUUAGUCUCAUAUUGUCUCUCAUUGCAGCAUCUUUCAGCAUGCUAGUCAAGGGAUGGCUUCAUGAGUACCUGGCCAUUGAACAAACAUCACCUCAGACUCAUUUUCAGAUCCGCUUCUUUGCUCUGCAGAAGUGGAAGGUAUUUAAAAUUGCUGCUCUUCUACCUCUUCUUCUUCAGGCUGCCUUGGGUCUUUUUCUUCUAGGCCUCUGCUUCUUCACCACCUCAAUUCAUUCUAGCAUUGGUAUCACAAGCAUUGUUCUUGUCACCCUGUGGGUGGCUCUUCUUCUGAGAACUACACUUGCACCAGCAGUGUCUAGUCAUUGUCCAUACAAGGUCAUAUUCUUGAAGAAUGCCUUGAAGUAUGUUAGAUAUAUAUGGUUUCUUGGUCAUGACUAUAUUGUGAACUUUCUUUGAGAUCAUACAGAUUGGUUUUAUAUUCAUCACUUGACAUUUGCAGAAAUAAUUGAGAGUUGGAAAUAGAAAAAUGCAGGGCAUGUUAUGAAAAGAAAGCAUAUAGAUUAUC